GCGCAACGGGCCCUCCUCUUUAGUUUUAUUUUUCUCCAUCUUCGGGUUUUCUUAUGAUCGAAAUGGCCCUAGAUGUGAAACCAGAUAUAUUUACUUACGCUGACUUUGACCUUGAAGCUUUAUGCCGUAGAGCGAGUGCACUGCGGGAAGGCGUUUCUUGUGUUUGUGACCCUGAUCAACGACCUUGCUCGGGAAGUUUUAACUGGGCUAUCUUCAUUUCUUUUGAAGAUGGGAUGCGCUGGGUCUUCAGAUCGCCACACACUAGAGAAUUCAUGCCAAUGGAACUGGGCAUGAAGCUACUAGCUAGUGAAGCUGCUACGCUCCGUUACCUUAGGGCUCACAGCGACGUGCCGGUCCCGGAAGUUUACGACUAUUGUACUUCAUCCGAUAAUGACAUCGGGAUACCCUUUAUUUUUAUGAGUGAAGCGUCUGGGUGGCCCUUGUCAAGAGUUUGGAGACCGGCCGGCUCUCCUCAACCUGACCUAGACACCUCCCGCAAGGCUAAAGUUCUUACUCAGUUGGGCGCUAUUACUUGGAAACUUUCACAACUGCGGCUCGACCAAAUCGGCUCACUCGUCGAAAAAGAUGGGGCUUUUGAAAUUCAGGAAUGUUUGUCGCGCGGCCACGUAUUACGUGGACGAUAUGAUCUGGACAUCCCGCGUGGGCCAUUUACUUCUGCGGCCGAGUUCUAUGAUAGCCUUGUCUCCGCUUUCUCGGAGCAUGCUGAGAUUCUGCAGUUAUCACAUCAUUGUUUUGUAGCACCUGUUCCCUCGCUGGAAGACUAUCAGUCCAAAAUGCAGUACAGGAGUGCUGUGAACCUAUGGAGCGACUUCGUGACCAUUGGAGGCAAAACAGAUUCAUCAGAAAACAGAGUGGAUUACAUCAUUGCAGGCGACGCCCUCCGCGACACUGUGCCCACACUUCAACUUCCAGCCGUCGACCGGAAGACGUUCCCGUUAUGCCACGCUGAUUUGAGCGUCAAUAAUAUAUACGUCGACGACCAGUACAAUAUCACGUGUAUUAUCGACUGGGCCUUUGCUUCAUCCAUUCCUGAGUCUAUGCUGCUAGGCGCGCCAGGAUUGCCGCAAUACUGCGACGAAAUUAGUUCAGAAUUACUUGCACCCUUCAGGGAUGGUUUUAUUGCUGCUAUGCCCGGGUCUAUUGAAAAGGAGUUGGGCGCCAGGUAUCGUGAAUCGCUUGAGCGGUCCCAAGUCUCUUGGAGACUGAGUCGGCUCCUCAGCCUUGACUCUAUUGAAGAUUAUGACCUGUUUGCUACUGUAUGGCACUCCGCCCGUGGUCCCGGAGAGGAUAUGGGGGAAUACUUCUUACACCAGCGGCGUUCAGCUCGCUACGCUCAGGUUUAUUCCGAAGUUAAAAAGGAGGAUCAGCCGCUCUCAAAAAUUGAAAAGGACGAGAAUGAUUAUUUUCAAAACAAGGAUUUCAGGAAGACAAUAGCUAAAAAGCUGACACUCAUAUCCGAAUGGAAAACACAAUAUACCGUCAAUAGCCCACCCAUAUUGCUCCGAAGCAAUAUGUUUGUCGCUUCCCCCAAUCUGUGGAAGUGGAUCGAACAAUUUGCCCAAGAGUGGACAGCCAUGUUUAAUAUGCCCGCCACAGAAUUAAUAUCUUAAGCGAAUGCGCUCAGCUGGAACCUCCCAUACUUUCCCGUCUUCAUCAUCUUUCACCGUUUGCAGUAUGGUGCUCGAUGUGCUUGAAUCAAUCGUACCUUCACGCCAUUCGGUUUUGCGCUCUCGACAGUACCAAAUUGCGUCACCUGCAACGUAGUAUGGUUUCUUUGAUGCACCGGCUGGUGGGGUGGGUAGGUCUGGUGGAGUCGAAGGCUGGGGACGCCGCUUGGGCAUGGUAUUUGGCGCAGUAAAAUAAACUCAGAGAUGUCUCGAAAUAGGGAUGGAGAAUAGCUAGACUUCACUCUGAGGCAUAAUCGUGCGACAUUUAUGUCCUUCUUCGCACUGACCUCUUACAGUAUUCCUUCAUAGGCGUAGGAUGACCUAGAGGUCGGGCGCUAAACGAGGAGCACCCAUCUUUUAGUUGACAGAACUCGAUAGGUUGCGGAUAGUAUCGUUGGU